AUGGGUCCAGAUUUCCCAAAGUGGCUUCAAACUCAAAAGGAUUUCUCAUACCUUGAUAUUUCUGAUGCUGGAAUUUCUGACAUCUUUCCAAGUUGGUUUUGGAGUUUAUGUCGUAAUGUGAGAAUUAUGAAUCUCACAAGCAACCAAAUUAGAGGUACAUUUGCAAAUUUGACAGUGGAAUUUUCAUAUUUCCCUAGACUACAUCUGAGUUCGAACAAGUUGGAAGGUCCAAUCCCUUCAGUUCUAUCAAUAACCUCAUAUCUAGAUCUCUCUUAUAAUAAACUUUCAGGGUCAAUUUCAUUCUUGUGUUCAAGUGCAGCUAUUUAUUUAGGCUUUCUUGACCUCUCAAGAAACAAUGUUUCUGGACAAGUUCUAGAUCGCUUGACACAUUUGGAGAAUCUAGUCAUGCUUGAUUUGAGUUACAAUGCUUUGUCUGGGAAAAUUCCUACAACAAUAGGCUCUGUAUUUCGGAUUGAAACACUCAAAUUAAGAAGCAAUAGAUUUGUGGGACAAUUGCCUUCGUCGAUGACGAAUUGCACAAGGUUAGAAGUCAUUGAUGUUGGGGAUAAUAACUUAUCUGGACCAAUACCUGAAUGGUUAGGAGUUAGCUUAAAGAAUUUGGUUCUCUUGAUGCUUUCGUCUAAUCACUUGAAUGGAAGCCUGCCCUCACAAUUAUGCCAUCUAAUACGAAUUCAAAAUUUGGAUUUCUCUAUAAACAACAUCUCUGGAAGAAUACGUCCAUGCCUCAACAAUUUGACUGCUCUGUCUCAGAAAGGAGAUUCAAGUCUAACCAGCACACAUUAUAAUAACAUUUCUACUGAUCAACGUUCAUAUUUUUAUAAUUAUGACGAUGAUGCAACCUUCAUGUGGAAAGGAGGAAUGCGGACAUAUAAAAGUACUUUGGGGCUUGUGAAGAGAAUUGAUCUGUCAAGCAAUAGAUUAUCCGGGGAGAUUCCAAGUGAAAUCAUUCAUCUUGUUGGGUUGGUUUCUUUAAACCUAUUGAGAAACCAAUUAACAGGUCAAAUAACUCCAGAGAUCGGAAAGUUGCAAUCAUUGGAUUCUCUUGAUUUGUCAAGAAACCAUAUAUACGGAAGAAUUCCAACAAGCCUUGCUGGGAUAGAUCGUCUUGGUUUCUUGGACUUGUCAUAUAACAACUUGUCUGGCAAAAUUCCAGUCGGGACUCAGCUCCAAGGCUUUGAUCCCUCUGUUUAUGCCAGGAAUCUUCAACUCUGUGAACCUCCACUUAAAAAGAUGUGUGCUGAUGAAGAGGAAAGAGGUCCAAGUGAGCAAACUGACUUCAUCAACCAAGAGGACAAGGAAGAGCUAAUAACACUGGGAUUCUACAUUGGUAUGGGGCUUGGAUUUGCUGUCGGGUUUUGGGGAGUUUGCGGCACCUUGAUAUUUUCAAGAACAUGA